AUGUAUGUACGACAUCUGCCGGACAAAUCACGGUCAGACUACAUGCCCUGGCAACAUCAGUUUUACACUGACGACAGAAAGGUAAUACAAUUUGGUUCACGUCAGGAAUCCAAUGUAAGAAUUGAUUGUCCUUUAAAGACCAAAAAAUAUUGUGGAGAUUUAAAAAAAAAAUGACGAUUUUCAGUCUCCGGUUAUUGAAUUUACAUUGAUGACUUAUUUUACUCUUUUAGGCAGCAGAAAUAAGAGCACAGCAUCGAGGUAACCCUGUAAGAUGGGACGAUAACGGUGAUAUGUACCUGACUUACACCGCGCCGGCCUUUCUUUCUCACCCAGUAACAGGAGAAAAAAUCUGGUUCAACCAAGCAACAAGUUACCACUGUACUUACUUGAAAGCACUGCCACAGUACAAAGGUUCUGAUCUUCCGGAUGAGAAAUAUCCCCAUCACACCUAUUAUGGAGACGGAAGUGACAUCGAACCGGAAAUUAAUUGA